AUGUCAGAAGGGAAAAACACACAAGAUUUCAUACAAUGCCUAGGACGUGACAUGUCCAUUGAUGUUUUUAACCAUUUGAAUUUGAAUGACCCAUGCGACCUUAUUCGUGCAUCUGCUGUUUCUAAAUCUUGGUACCAAUUUGUUGUUAAAAAUGGCCUAUGCAAGAAACGUUGCUUCAAAUUGUUACCUGAACUAAUUGACGUUGUUGAUAGCAUUGAGGUUGACAACAUAAUUGAACCUGUAAGUGACAUGGAUGGCGUUUGUGCAGAUUGGGAGUGUCUCAAGAGAAAUCAUAAAGUCUAUGCUGCACUGGCUUUUCAUCUCGCUCGUUAUGUGAAAAACGGUAUCACAAGUAAAAUUGAGGCUUCAUAUUCGUUAAAUGAACUCGGGGAUGUGCUUGAGUCUUUAACUUAUAGGCUAUGUUCCAACAUAUGUCUUAUCACAAAGAUUCGUGUUCAACCAUACCAAGCAUUUUGUGAGGAUGACUCCCCUAUGUAUACAUAUUCAACUGUCCGAUUCAGAAUUGGCCGUGUUAAGACUCCAUCCGCAUGGACGUAUACUUCACCUCAUUAUUCAAUUUUACAGGAAAAGCCGUGGCAAGAAUUGGAACUGCCUGAACCUGGUCUGUGCAAUGGAGGAACUUGGGUAUUAUGGGGUGUCGAAGUUCCACAUCGAGUAGUAUGGGAUGCUCAGUUGAGUAUUUAA